AAGUCUGGUCCCUGUGCUCUUGACGUCACAUCCCUUUCCCCGAAUCUUUUCAGGCGGCGCUCCGGCGGGCUUUCUGUUGUUCUCUCAACAUUUCGACAUGUCCGACAUACCGUGGUUCUCAUAGUAUGUUGUCCGAAUACCGGUCGUACGCAAUCGGCGAUCUUCCUUCAAUCUCCACCCAUGGGUGAGAAGGCCGCGCGUGUUUUCGCUUCCGAUCUCAUUUUUGAACGACCGUUUGAGCGCUACAACCUCGGUCCAGGCUCAAAACGAGGCACUAUCACUAUGUCUGCUAUCUACACUUGCCGCGAGAGGAAGCGUGUUCCUUGCCUUCGCGUCUGCCGAGUCCAUAGGGCAUUCCAAUCCUUCCUUCGACGACCCAGUUCUGGCCACAUCCCCUGCCUCCACUCUAUUACAUCUCUAAUGUCUGACAUGACUCGCGCGGUACUCGUCACCGGUGCAAAUCAGGGGCUAGGCUACCACACGGUGCACCAGCUCGCUCAGACUCCUGGCAUGAUCGUAUUCUUGGGAUCGCGUAGAAUGCCGGCGGGGGAAGAGGCUGCGGCAAAAAUCGCGCCGGAUGUACAUCCGACGUCGUCGGUCAUCCCCGUGCAUGUCGACCUCGCGGACGAGAAGACCAUCUUGGCGGCCAGCGAGUUCGUGGCGGCGAAGCUAGGAGAGAAGGGGAUCUCGAAAUUGGAUUGUCUGGUGAACAACGCGGCGACGGCGGUCGGACCUGCUACAGAGAUAUUUGCCGUCAAUGUUGCAGGCACCCUCGCAGUCAAGACCGCAUUCUACCCGCUGAUCAAGCCCGGCGGGGAAAUUAUGAACAUCUCCUCUUCCUUCGGCUCACACGGUCUGCGGGCCGCAAGGCCGUACACGCUCCCGCCUGCGGUCGCGACAGGCCCACCGUACUCGGCAAGCAAGGCAGCUAUCAACAAUCUUACGCUGCAGUGGGCGUGGGAGGAGGAACAAAAAAAGACCGGCAUCCGUGUGGUUUCGAUCUGCCCGGGCCUGAACGCGACUACUAUGAGCCGUUUCUCCAAGGCUGGGGUCUCCCCCGCAGUCGGAUGUGCAGUCAUGGUCAAUGAGGUGUUGCAGCCGCAGGGCAAGAGCGGCAUCUUCUUCGAUAAGGACGGUCCCAUUCCUUGGUAGUGAUCGCAUUUACCGGAUGGAGGGACAAGAGGGCGUGAAUACUAUUGAUCGCAAUGAGGCGGCUGCUGAAGUGCAUCGACCGGGUUAAGUCACUCUAGUGCACUCAUUUGUGCGAUUUUAUUCCCGGAAUUUCUUGUAAUCCAUUUCUACGUAUCUAAAGUUGAGUCUUGCAAAUUACUACGAGGUUCUGGGAGGAACGUCUCGAGAACUGACAGUGCCGAACCAUCG